GUGGGCUCAUUAUAUUGUCGGCGAAAGGACUUUACACCCACUUCAGGACACAGAUUAUGCUCUGUUCACUUUUCACCCAAGUGUUUCCAACAAGACCCCAAGCUUCUCGGUGAAAUGGGACUUCAGGAAUCAUUUAGGAAACGUUUGAGAAUAAAUGCAGUCCCAGAUAUGCCACUUUUGACCGAAGAAGAGCUGUGUAGCGAACAGACAACAGCAAAGGUCCGUGGAGCGUAUGCAAAGCGACAGAAAGCAGAGAUUAUUAAGGAAGCACUGAAAAAGAGUAAAGACACAGAAAAACCAAAGGAUACUGCAAGUGCUGUUGCCUCCAAAAGUGUUGAAACAAAAAACAAGAAAGUACAGGCUGAACUUCGCCCUCCGCAACGUACAAGAUCUCAUCAAACUGACGAGCGUAUUUUAGCGACAAAGAACAAGCUACGUUCAUUUGCAACACAGACAGACUCCAAAAUAACUAUGAUCCCCUCUAUAUCAUCCCUAUCUCUUUCUCAAGAAUCUGCAAACUACAGUGAGGUUGAUGAUUAUAGUGAUGAAUCGGACAGUGAAGAUGAGGAAGAAUCAGAUGAUUUGUAUAUUCCAACAGACGGAUCUGACCUUGAGGCUGAUGACGAUGAGGAUGGUGAAGGGGAAGUACAGGCAACCACAGUCAGGUUGCGACAAGAUGUCUCUCCGGUGGAGGAGAAACAGUUUUUGGUCAGUGAAACUGAACUUGCAGAAUUAUUGUCUGUUUGUAGGUAUUGCAGUGCAGAAUGUACCCCAAUCAUCAAAUUUGUUAGGGGUACCUUUAUCUACACUUCAUCAAAGUGCUUAAACAACCAUGAAUUUACCUGGAGCAGCCAGCCUUGUCACAACACUUUACUAUGGUCAAACCUUUUUACUGCCACUGCCAUUCUGACAAGUGGUUGCAAUGCUACAAAGGUAUUACAACUGUUUAAUAAUAUGAACCUGCAGAUGUUCACACCUAGAACCUACAACAGACUUCAAUCAUACUAUGUUGUACCUUCUGCGACAAGAACCUGGGAUUUUGAGCAGUCAGAACUACUUCAGGCAAUUAGACACGGACCUAGCCAGGAUGUUGUUGUAGGAGGAGAUGCACGGUUUGACUCCCCAGGAUAUUCUGCCAAAUAUGGUACCUAUACCAUCAUGGACCUUGAGAGAAACAAAAUAAUUGAUUUUCAGCUUGUGCAGAGUAAUGAAGUAAAGGGGUCUUCCCAUAUGGAGCUUGCUGGAUUAAAAAGAGCCAUGGGAUUUCUGAAAGAUCAUGUCAACAUAACAACCCUUGUGACAGACAGGCAUUCCAUGGUUAAGAAGCAUAUGAGAAUUUUCCAUGCAGACAAAAACCAUUAUUUUGAUGUAUGGCACAUUGCAAAAGGUGUUUCCAAAAAACUUGAAGCAGCAUCAAAAAAGGUCAACGGACAUCAAAUCCGACCAUGGAUUAAGUCAAUUGCCAACCACUGUCAUUGGACAGCUUCAUCUUGUGAUGAUGAUGGGGAACUCAAGCAAGCUAAGUGGAAAUCAAUUGUGAACCACAUAUCCAACCAACACGAGAAUCACUCCCAACAAUAUCCUAGAUGUGAGCAUGCCCCCAUUGAAGAUGGCAGACAGUGGAUCAAAGAAGGUUCUGUUCCACACAAGUUAAUGAAGGAUAUAAUUCUCAGCCCCUUCCUUUUAAAGGACAUUGCCAAACUUUCGCCAACUCAUCAAACAUACAGCCUCGAGGUGUUUCACUCAGUUGUGAACCACUAUGCACCAAAGAGCACCCAUUUUUAUUAUCCUGCUAUGCUUGCAAGAUUGAGUGUUGCCGCCUUGCAUUUCAAUGAAAACAGCAGUAGACAACAGGCAAUGACAAAGGCUGGUGAGCUGCAAUAUUAAGUCUCUUAUCCAAAGGCAAAGAAAGGACUGGAGGCAGUUGUAAAACCUAAGAAAAUUCCUCCAACAUUUAAUUAUGUGACCUUGAUUAAACAGGCUGUCCACGAACGGAGAAGUGUGGAAUGUCCUUCAUACAGAUGGGCUGCUGAUGAUAUUGCAGUGCUUAAUCAAGAUGUACCACUGCCACUUACUCAAAACUUUGAGCAUUUUGAAAAGGCUGCCUUGAUACGCAGACACGCUUCAAGGUUUAUUCGAACGUGAUAUUUCAAGUGUAUUGGACAUGUUGGACUA